AUGGGCCGGCUUGUGGAGGAGCAGAAGGAAAACGGGAGGGAUGUCGCCAAUGGCCUGCACCUCAUGGCGACUGCGAACGGUGUUGUCAAGAGCAGCCCGGCGCCGCAGCCCAAGAUGCAUUGUUCUUACGAUUCCAUACACCUUGCCAUCAACAGCUCGCUGGCCAAGCUGCCGCCGGGAGGCUACGCAGAGCCAGACUACCUGCUGGCGAUUAGCGGAGGCGGCCUCAUCCCGGCCCGCAUCCUGCGCAGCGUGCUGCGCAAGGCAUCCAACAACGGCAGCUGCGCCGCCAUCAAGGUCAUCGGCCUGGAGCUGUAUAGCGACGAGCUGGAGGGGCGGCCGCACGAGGCGGGGGUGCGCCGCACGCAGUGGCUGUGCACCUCCAGCUCCCAGCUGGCCGGCAAGCGCAUCCUGGUGGUGGACGAGGUGGACGACAGCCGCGAGACGCUGGACUAUGCGGUGAGGGAGCUGCAGGCGGACAUUGUGGCGCAGGAGGCGGCGCUGGCGGCCGAGGGGCGCCCCGUGCCGCCCACCCACCUCGGGGUGUACGUAAUCCACAACAAGUGCCGGCCCAAGAAGGGGCGGCUGCCGGCGGGCGUGCCCCAGUUUGUGGCGCAGGAGCUGGACAGCAACCCCUGGAUCGUGUACCCCUGGGACGCACCCGACAUUGAGGAGCACAACCGCCUGGGGGAGCAGUGA